CAAAUUUGACAUUUUGCGUUGGAACUCUACGUAUUUGUCAAAUUGUCAUCGUAUCGUGAUAUUAUCAAAUAAAAAUUAUAAUUUCAUCAAAAACAUUGCUCUAAUAAGUCCAUAUGUUUACAAUUAGACGUCGAAACUCUCGAAAACGACUUUGGAAAUUGCUACCUACGUAAACGACUUCUAACUUUUUAGUUUAAUUUAGUGAAAAUGUCGAAGAUUAAGAAGUUGACGGGCUCGUUUCGCUAUACCCAGUGGGAUCCUUGCUUGAUAGUCUCGCAGAUAGUGGCUAUGCAGUCCGUAUUGUACUGCUCGUUAUGUCUCAUUAUCGCCCUCAUGCAAGAUCUGACAGGAUCUACAAGAACCUUGGACCAUAUCUUCGAAUAUCACGAGAUACACAUACGUGACAAUGAGGGUCGCUCGGUCAUAUUUGCAUUUGUAGUGAAUGCAAUUAUUGGAGCCUUCGUACUGUGGAUGAUUGUCGGCAGAACUAAACUGUGCUUGGACUUUAGUUGCACAUAUCACGGUCUCCAUCUCAUUGCUUGCUGGAUGUACAACGGUACAUUCCCAACGACAUUCUCCUGGUGGGCGCUCAGCGUAUCCUGUGCCUGCAUCACUUGUGUAGCCGGAGAGUUCCUGUGUCUCCGCACCGAGCUUCAAGCGAUACCACUCAGUAAUAUAGGAGCCAAAGUAGAUUUAUGAAACUUAUUUGGAGUGAUCGUAUUUGAAAUUUGAUGAUUGGAUGAACCUAUUUUUGUAGACAAUGAAUGAGACAGUUGAAUUUAAGAUCGAAAUGUUACAGCAUUCUCCACUUUAAUUGGUUGGUUUCUGUUAUUGACCUUGCCCAAGUUUCAAUAGAAUCUUACUCUGACCGCAAGCAAUACAAUAAAAAAGAAUUUGUGACAUCGGUCCAGCCAGAAAUUUAUAUUUCUGGAUUAUUUAUGUACUGCAUAUUUCGUUUAUGAAAUACAUGAGGCUUACACAUGGUUAAUUACAGUUUGUUCUGUACUUAAAACUUAAAACAAUUUAGAUUUGUUACUUGUUAAUAUCAAACAAGGUUUCAACAUUGAAUUGAACAUACCUAUGCAAUUUGCCCUUUUUUGACGACUACAAAAUAUUAUUAUACAAUAAGAGAAAUCUACAUAUUACUUACUUUCCUAAACUCCUUUUAAAAUGACACAUUGUGUUUGCCAUUGUUAAAUAAACCUUAUUUUGACUGAGAUAACAUCCUAAAUUGUUGAGUAAAUUGUGUAUGUAUGUGAAUUGUAAAUAAUGGACGAUAUAAUACUUAUGUGCGUUGUAAUAAGUGUAAAUAAAUAAUUUCUAAC